AGGCCGAACGCGCGUGCGGCCGGUCGCUCCUCCCGCCAUUUUGCACCGGAAAGUUGGUACCACAUAAAUUUCAAAUCCGUGUUCUUUUUUAAGCCGAAGAAUAGCUCGCGUACAGCCAAGGUGAUCAGUAGCAGUAUUAAGUUGUCAAGCGUGAAAUACGUUCUGAUAAAAAUGGGAUACCUUAACAUAUCAAUAUGUGUUCUACUGGUCUUGUCUACGUCGUACGCGCAAACUGAGACGGAGGCUCCAACAACAGCGUCUACCAAACCACCGUCCACCACCACGGCCGUGACGUCAACCUCCACCAUCGCCUGGGAGGAGACCCUGAACGAGGGGCAAGCGAUACAGAAGGCGUUGCAGUAUCUGCUUCAGCAGCGGCAGCCUGACUGGGGCUGGGGGAAUGAUACGCAUCAUGUGAUGCUCACUUUGCAGUUGGCCAACAAUACAGGGAAGGAGAUUGAGCAACAAGGACUGGAAAUGCAGCUAUCUGCCAAACAAAUGGAGAUCGAGAUCCUCCUGAUGAUAUCCAAGCAUCAUGAAUCGCCACCACCGCUAGGCCGUCUCGCAGCGUACACCCUGGCUUUAGGCGCUCUCUGCAAGGACCCUCGCUGCUUCCACGGCCGAGAUCUAGUCACAGCAUUACUACAUCGUGAACCACCUCAUGAUUUAGAGUUUGCUUAUGCUACAUUGGCUGCCUGUUCCUCUGCCGCUCAUGUCAGGAGGCGACAUAUCAGGAGGCUGCUGGACAUUGCCAACGCCGCUGCUGAUCACAGCCUUGACACCAUAUCCAUGGUGAUUCUGGCUCUGCGCUGCGUGGUACAGGACCAUCGUCACCGCAGCCUGCUGCACUUCGUGCGUAGACCGAUGGCCGGCUUGGCUCGCCAGCAACAUCCCGACGGCAGCUUCGGAAGUCUCACCACUACUGCCUUAGCCAUUCAGGCUCUCGAAGACUCCGACAGCGGCCCCGGCGCACACCAGCACUGGAGUCUCCCCGCUGCGAGGAAGUGGCUACUAGAGCGCCAGAACCCGGACGGAGGUUGGGGAGACGUUGCCAAGACUGCCGCAGCUGUGGCUGCCCUGACUCCCGCUUCGUUGGCUGCUGUGCGACCUCCGCAUUGCAGUGAUAAACUACUUGAAAGCCGUCAUGAGCCUUUAGAUAGCAACGGCGGAGACGGCAGUCUGAAGUUAGCCUACCACCAGUCUCACGCCAGCAACGACUCUGACGCACGCAAUGUUUCCUUCACCUACACUCUGUGGCUUGGAACUAACGUCACGGAGAACUUCACGCUCCACAUGGUGGCUCCUCGCAAUGUCUCCUUCUACCACGUGAUGCAAAUGGCAGCUGAACAGAACCCUAAAUUCAAGUUCGAAGCGAGCGAAUGGCCGAACGGUCACUACGUCCACACGCUGGCUGGCCACAAGGAAGAACCAAUGGGAUAUCACUAUUGGCUGCUGUACCGCCUGCCCGAGAUCCCUGACCCGGUCAGCCCACCAGGGAACCAACUCGUCGCGCCAGUCGGUGUCGACGAUCUCCUAGUGGAAGAUGGCGAGCAUUACCUCUUCUGGUACAAGAAGCUGUAAGCCGCUUCCCGAGCCUUCGAUCACACUCCUGGUUUCCUCUUCACAUCCCUAACGCGCAUAUCUUUAGAGUAGCUCUUCUCCAUUAUUAUGUAAUCCUGGUACUGGUUGUGACACAAGUAAAUGCCAAUCCGAUUUCAACUUUGCAUCUUAGAAUAGUCUAAGAACGUAAAGAGAUUAUUAUAAAUAUAUAUUACAUACUCCAUUUUAAUUAAUAUUAUCCACUUUAUGGAGAAGUUGCUAAAAUUUAUUGUGAAAUAUUUUUGUUUAUAAUAAUCAAACAUUAAGUCACUAAAUCAUAACAUCAUAUCACUGAAUCAUAAGCCAAAUUUUAGUAGCAAGGAAAUUUAGAGUUCCAAUUUAGUUUGUAUGCGGUCGUAGGUAUAAAAAUUUGCUGUGUUAUGAAUACCAAAGAUGCUUGUGAUUCUCUUCUUAGUUUUCCACACUUUCUAUAAAAAAGUUUUUGUAAAUAAAUUCAUGUCAGAUUUGUAAAACAAAACACUGCUUGUUGUGCUUGAAAAAUCAGACAGACCAAAUUGAAAAAUCUGAAUAACACACUGAUGAGGAAUAAAAUAUAGUUACAUCUCUCUUUAAUGUAAUUUUACAAAUCUGAUUUAUGGUUGUAAGUGAUUAGUUCUUACUUAAUUAAUAACCUAAAAAGUGCAAUAAUGCCGUGUCUAUACUUAAAUGUUGUGAUUUUUAUCGGCAAACAAAAGCAGUAACCGUUAACUAAUUUUUCAUUGUCACUUCUUGAAGUCAAUAAAUUAUUAAAUUUAUUUAUGCGCCAGUUUUUUAAACUACAUUACUUUAGGUUGACCGCUACGUGACGCUACUUAUUUCAAAAACCCCUUUCAACAAAGACCCUACGCUAUUUGUAGACAAAACACCCAAAAAUACCCCGACGCAUUUAAAAGUUUAAAAUCACACAGAUAUAGAAAUCGCAUAUUAAGUCUGUCACACAAAUAUGCGCAUGAAAUGGGCACACUAUAAAUAAUUUCUUGAUCGUUGUUCUUUAAUUUCUUGUAUGAAACACGCGUAGCACUAGCUAGUCAAGCAGCGAAGAACCUAAUAAUCAUAGACUUAAAAUCAAACAUCAAGUUACUACUCAAAUUUCGAUAGAAAUACCAAUAUUACAGCAAUAUGUUCGCAUGCGUUAGUUUGCAUGUAAAAUAGCGUUUAGAUUCGUGUUAUAUAAGCAACUCUCAAUUUUAAAUCCUUUUAAUAUUCGCGUCUAAUCAAUGAAAAUUGGUCUAACAAGAUGAGCUAAAGUUGUAUAACAAAAGUAAUGAAAGUAGAGUACAGAAGAUAAUUUCGGUUUAUAGAGCGCUAUCUCUGUCGCACGUUUCACGUGACUUUCACGUGGCACCGCAGUUUUCAUUGGUUGGACGCUAAAACUGUUUAAUAAUUGUAUUAUGUAAUCAAUCUUUAGCGUUUAGCUGGCUGAGCUAAAAAGGUGUCUUAUGUUUUCAAAUAGAAUUGGCAAUCACAAAGUUUCUCAUAGUCGUGUACGCAUCAUACAUGUAUGGAUAGGGGAGCCAUUUUACGAUUUUAAAAGGAAAUCACCCUCAAUUUCGUACAUGAUAAGUCAUUUCGCAUCUUUGGACACCAAAAUAUCCAAAUCCAUUUUAAAAUGAGUGAAGUCUUUACUUGUGUGUUUAUAAUGUCAACACUAAAAGCCUAAUCAAAACAUAAUACGUCCAGUGCGAAAAACCGCCCAGUGAGUUAUAAAUUCUGCGCUAGCGUGUUAAAUAUAUCAAGCGGUAUUAGCUACGUUAUUUACGAGACCUGUUUAUUCUAUUUGAAAACAAACUGUCGUGUAGCCGGCCCACUAAUCAUUUUAGACGAGACUGAACGACUCAAGUGUUUAAUUAUGAAGUGCGUUAGAGUAACAUUUUUAUUGUACCUACUGAAUGGUUCUUAAUAAACAUUAAAUUUAA